AUCUAAACAACCACAUCUGUCCCGCGCGUAAAUAACGUGCGCAACGGGGAAAAACUCACGAUGGUUCAGAAAAAUGACGAGGAAAACACUGAGCGGAUUAAUAGGAUUGGAUGGCACGAGUGAUGCAAUCCCUGUAUCCUCCGAAGCCCUAACCGGGUCGCAGAGAAUCUGGCCGGAGAUUUUGCCUCACUGAGUUGCAUUUAUGACAAUUGCUACCUUGCGAGCGAGCUAACCGAGCGAGCACACUUUUAACAAGUGCCUCUUCGCUAGGACUGUUUUUCUCCACGCCCGUGGAAUAGGACCUAGCUAAACAUCAUCAAAAUCAAUGGAAGGAGCGUGAAAUCCUAAUGCCAAUUGUUGAACGAGAUUCUCAGUGAUGUAAGUCAACCAGUCAUACUUAGGCUAUUUACGAGCAUUUAUUUACGCAUAUUAUAUCGUGAUUUUAGUAAAGCGCUGAUUCUGUUUCUUUCAUUUGUUGCAGUGCUUUGCUUUGCAUGUUGUGAAGCACGACCUUUGCUUUUUGAGGUGCACCCUGGAGAAUUGCGUAUCAUUUAUUUUCGCGUCUCGUUUAAACAGAAACGCUCGGUUGCAUCCUAGAUAUCAGAUACUUGAUCAGUUUUCCAAUCGUCUUGGAUUUCUUUAUUCAUUUUUUGCCGUGCAGAAUCUACAGGGGAUAAUUUACCGUCGCAUCCCUUUUCAUCUUCACCAUGAAUUACCUGCGACGUCGACUAUCGGACAGUAAUUUCAUGUCCAACUUGCCCAAUGGCUACAUGAGCGAUCUACAGCGGCCCGAUCCGCCGCAGCAGAGCCCAGCCCCGGUGCUUUCGCCGGGCUCUCAAGAGAGGCGUCAACCCCCCAGCCAGUCUUCCGGCGCCGGCUUUUUUUCCUCCAUUUCCAACGCCGUCAAACAGACCACCGCCGCCGCUGCUGCUACCUUUAACGAGGCCACCGAGAGAGGAAUCGGCUCGAGCAAUGCCAAGAUCCUCCUGGUCAUUGAUGAUCAGCAGACAGACUGGGCAAAGGUGUUUAAAGGCAAGAAGGUUCAUGGUGAAUUUGACAUUAAAGUAGAACAGGCUGAAUUCUCUGAGGUUAAUCUGGUGGCUCACGCAACAGGAAGCUAUAGCGUGGACAUUGAGGCCAUCCGCAAUGGGAACAAAAUCACAAAGUGUUUCAAGCCAGAUUUUGUGCUGGUGCGACAGCAUGCUUUUAGCAUGGCCAAGAAUGGCGACCACAGGAACAUUGUGAUUGGACUUCAGUAUGCUGGUCUGCCCAGUGUCAAUUCCAUUCACUCUGUCUACAACUUCUGUGACAAACCAUGGGUGUUUGGUCAGUUGUCCAGAUUGUACAAGCAGUUGGGUCCAGAGGAGUUCCCACUGAUCGACCAGGUUUAUUACCCCAACCACAAGGAGAUGAUCACUACACCUGGCUUUCCUGUGGUAGUGAAGAUGGGUCAUGCUCACUCUGGCAUGGGAAAGGUCAAAGUGGACAAUCAAUAUGAUUUCCAAGACAUAGCUAGUGUUGUAGCUUUGACAAAGACGUAUGCCACGUCUGAGCCUUUUAUUGACGCCAAGUAUGACAUCCGAAUCCAGAAAAUCGGUGACAAUUACAAGGCCUACAUGAGGACAUCUAUAUCUGGCAACUGGAAGACUAACACAGGAUCAGCCAUGUUAGAGCAGGUGGCCAUGUCUGACAGGUAUCGUAUGUGGGUGGACGUAUGCUCUGAGGUUUUCGGGGGUCUUGAUAUAUGCGCUGUAGAGGCAUUGCAUGGUAAAGAUGGUCGGGAUUACAUCAUAGAGGUGGUGGGCUGCUCAAUGCCUCUCAUAGGAGACCAGCAGGAUGAGGACCGAGCUCUGAUAGCUGAUCUUGUUGUGGCUAAAAUGAACCAGACUGUGCCAUGCACUUCAGCUCCCACUCCAGUCCGUUCUCAGGGCCCAGCUGUUUCACCUCAACCCAUCUCUCAGUCUAGUGUCCCCCAGGUGCAACAGCGCCCUCCCCCACAGGGAGGACCACAACAAGCAGCUGCUAGCACUACUGCUGCCCGCCAAGGAGCCCCACCACAGCAGCGCCCGUCUCCCCAGGGCCAGCCCCCUGCCCAAACCCAGUCUGUGACCAGUCCUAAUGCUCAGAACCCUCCUACCCAACAACCCCGGCCAAAUCAACCCCCACAGCGGCAAGCCAGUCAAGGGGCUUCAGGUCAGCAGAGGCCCACUACGGCACAGGGUCCUGCCCAGCGUGGCCCGGGUGGCUCUCCUCAGUCACAGAGGCCCCAGCAAGGUGGUCCCCAACAGCAGCCACAAAGGCCUCAAACUGGUGGCCAGGGUCCCAAACCAGCUGGUCAGCCUCAGCAGAGGCCUCAGCAGCCAAGACAAGGCCAGCCAACCAGGCAGCCAUCCCAGGGUGGAUCACAGCCAACCCAGGACGUCCCUCAACCACCCCUGCAAACGCAGAGCAGCCCUCGCCCUCCGACCACUCAGCAACCACGGCCUACUGCACAGAGCCAGGGAGGUCUAGGAGGUCCAGGAGGUGCACGACCUCCUUUGCAGCAGAAACCUACACCUCCUCAGAAGCCAAGUCCUGAUCACCCGGCUCUGAGUGGAUCACCACAGCUUAAAAACGCCGGCCGCCCAGCACCAAAGUCCUAGUCAGGAUGAAGCCAAGGCUGAGACCAUCCGCAACCUUCGGAAAUCCUUUGCAAGCCUCUUCUCCGUGGAAUAAACACACACACAGACACAGAAACACACACACAGACAGAGAGGUUAUGCAGUAUUUCUAAAAAACAUACAAACACAUACACUUGUCAGUUAUACACAGGAAGGACCAAUUAUAUCGCACAUUGCAGUGCACUACAGAUCUGUGCACAUCAAUUUGCAAUGCGACAUAAAUGAAACACUGCCUGCACUGAAUUCAUUAGACACAUUCCCAGUUUUUUGAGGCCAACUGAUGGAGGGAGGUGUGAAAAUAAAAUACCACACACAGAAACACUCGCAUGCACCCUUUUACACUACCUACACAGUGACUGGACCUGCAUACACGUGCUUUGCCUAGUCAUUCCAGUCUCCUAUUAUUAGCUAAUAAUCCUAGAUUGUUUUUGGAAAUUAAAAGUUUUGGUGGACGUUUUGUUGUAAAACCAUCAACCGCCACGCUCUCUCAGAUAUAUGAUAUCUGAAGUAUGUCGGCUAAUUGUCUGAAGCAUGUUCUGUUACGAUAAGGGGCACCAUCUGAUGAUUUUAACAGUGCGCCACAUUGUAAUAUAACGUAAUGUUUUAUGGUUCCAUAUUUUACAUGCUUGAGCAGGAUUUUGGAUUUUGCAAUAACAGAUUGUGACGUUGUUAAAAUUUUGCACAAGCUUCCAUUGUCGAAACGAACCCCGCAGCUGUUAGCGCUAGCCACUUGUGUUACUUGCAUGUCACUUAAGGAGAACGUAGUCACACACUGUGGGUGGUCUUGCUUUGUGUUGUGUCGUUGCACCUAGAUAAAGUAGCUGUAAUGAAAAUGUUGUUUCAUUUUCGUGAGCAAGCUGUCGCUGCUUCCCUGACGUUCCUUUUCCUGACAAGAAACACAAUUGUACACCCUUCAACAUGUUUAAUAUGCCUUAGACAGCAUACAAAAAGAGGUUGGUUUUGUGAAAUCGCAUAUGUCUCAGGGAUGUCCUGAAGAGAAAGACGCAAUGACCAAGUGUCACUGAUCAGGUCUUCCAACCCAUUGCUGUAUAGAGUUAUUGAUUGCGAAGGCCAGUAAAGGGAGGUAUAUGUCGAAUGAAUUUGUUGGCACACUAACACAGUAACACUUGAGAACAUAUGAGAUGGGUGAAAGCUCAGGAGGUUUGUUGCAUCAAGAGAAGGUAUAUUUUGCAUGCCUGAAUGAGUAUGUAGGUGUUUGGAGCUGCUUGUCCAUCAAACUUGGGCCCAAUGAAAAACGCAAAGCCAAAAUACAAAGCCAAGGAUGCCAUCAGCAGCAAAUGUCUUCACAAAAAGGUCAUCUUUAGAAGAGAUGCUUUUCACAUGUUUAGUAUGCCCCAGUGUGAUCCCAGUUACACAAUGUGGAUCCCAAACCAACUACUCCUGAAACGCCAUACCCAAGGAGUUUAGAGCUGAACCAACAGUGUCUUCCACAAGUGAGGAUAAAACAUCCCAAUACUAGGCAAUAUAUUUAGUCAAGGCCUUUCCAGGAGUCCCGACCCAAUCCUGAAUCCUCCCUGCUUUCCCGCUCACCAGCCUGUUGUGUAUUCACAGUGAUCCUUUUGUGACAAAUGGUGCAUUAAUGUGUAUAUAUAUGUAUAAUGUAAUGUUGUACCGUGAACUGUCUAAACCAAAUAGAAGUGUUGUACAGAUCUUAACUCAACAAACGAUGCAAACGCCCUGUAUUUGAUUUGAUCCUGAAAAGGUGAUCGUUGUGGGUCUUGAGUAAGACAGGAUUUUACUUCAAUCAGAUGUGAUUUAGGUUGUGCAAUAUUGUCCACUGUAAACUAAACCUAUCAGGUCUGUGUUCUUUAUUUGACCUGUUUUGUGACAAAUGCAGUUAUUAAAAGUCAUCUUCAAUGUAAGUAGCUUGGUUCACAUAUGUGGUUAUCUAGAUGGUCCUCCAUGAUAUUGUUGUGGCUCAGGCGAACUUUCAGUGCUCUUCUGUGUGGUCAUGUUUUUCCCAAUUAGGAUAUACAUGUAUGUUAAAUGAUGACUUUAAUGAAUGUCUAAUAAAUAACAUUAUCACUGAUGCAAUCAAGUUUUUACGGAGCCCUGCACAUGACAAGCAAGAAAAAAGAAAUAAAUUGUGUGCACAAUUUACUCAUUCGUUCCCUCAGUGUACUAAAACGUGUGCACGGUUACUAUUGCGUUCCAUCGAUUUGCUAAAUUGUGUGCACAAUUUAGUAAAUCAUACGCACAAUUUAUAAAUCGAGUGAACGAAAUAGUAAAU